UUGCCUGAAGUUGUAAUUCUCGGUGCAGCACGAACGCCAAUUGGUUCGUUUCGAUCUCAGCUUUCAUCAGUUCCCGCUGUCCAACUCGGUGCUUUGGCUGUCCAGGCCGCUCUCACUCGUGCUAAUGUCAAGCCAUCCGAUGUACAGGAGAUUUUUAUGGGACAAGUUUGUCAAGCAAACGUGGGACAAAAUCCUGCAAAGCAAGUAGCACUUCGAGCUGGACUGAAUACCUCAACAAUCACUACAACGGUGAACAAAGUGUGUGCAUCCGGCCUGAAAGCUAUAAUGCUAGCGGCGCAAACGUUACAACUUAGCCAGCAACAAAUUGCAAUCGGUGGCGGAAUGGAAAAUAUGAGUCAGACUCCGUUUUACUUGCCAAGGGGCGAAAUACCAUAUGGAGGUUCUAAGAUUAUCGAUUCCGUGUUGAGCGACGGCUUAACAGAUGCUUAUGACCACAUUCAUAUGGGAUUAUGUGCUGAGAAAACAGCCGAGGAGAUGAAUAUUACACGCGAGGACCAGGAUAAGUAUGCAAUUCUAAGUUAUGAAAAGUCUUCUGCUGCGUGGCAGGUAUCAUUAUCAUGA